AGCCCAAAACCCCAAAAACAAAUUAAGAAGCUGAGGAUACACAAUGGAGUACAGUGCUUCUUCAAUUUCCAAUAAUAAUGACGGUAAAGCUAGUGUUCAUGUGUUGGUUUUGCCAUUCCCAUCAAUAGGACAUUUAAGUCCAACAAUGCAGCUGGUGCAUCGCCUUGCUGAUCAUGGAGUCAUGAUCACAAUCCUGACAAUAGAUGGUACACAUACGAGGAGGCUAGUCAAAGAGCAAUCAAGGAAUGAGAUUAACAUAGUUACGGUCCCUGAUGGACUGGAAACAGAAGAUGAGAGAAGAGAUGAAAUGAAGGUGCUGGAGAGUUUCUUCGAAGUCAUGCCUGAUCACACUUUCAACUUCGUCAGGAAUGUCAAUCAGCAACAGGAUUUCCAAGAAAUUAGUUGUGUCAUUUCUGAUAUAAUGAACGUAUGGUCUUUGGAGAUUGUAAGUGAAAUGGGAUUGAAGAUGGCUCUUUUUUACUCACCAGCAAUCGGAUGCAUGGCAACCUGCCUAAACAUAUCAAAGCUUUUUGAGGAUGGGUUGGUUGAUGCUCAAGGUUCUCCAAACAAUAAUAAGGAGAUUCUGCUGUCGCCAUAUUUGCCAGAGCUGAGAAGUUCUGAUUACCCGUGGAUCGUUCCAGGAAACUUGUUAUUGCAAGAGAUGUUUUUUCAACUUGUGAGUUCUUACGAGCAAUAUCAUAGAUGUUAUGAUUGGGUUCUGGGCAACUGGUUUCAGGAUCUUGACCCUUCCAUUGAUGAUUCUCUCCCAAACAUACUGUCUGUUGGUCCCUUAAUUGCAAAUGGCAGGUCAGAUAGUGAAAGCCUUUGGUCUCGAGACAUGAGUUGCUUAAGUUGGCUUGAUAAACAACCUCCUAGAUCAGUCAUCUAUGUUGCCUUUGGCAGCACCGGAAAGAAAAGUCAGCAGCAAUUUGAUGAACUUGCACUUGGCCUGGAACUUGUAGGUAAACCAUUUAUAUGGGUUGUUAAAACAGACCCGAGUAACGGGGUUUCUGCUAAUUAUCCUGAUGGUUUCCAAGAGAGAGUAGCUAAUCAAGGGAUGAUGGUUGAAUGGGCACCUCAAGAAAAAGUGUUGGCUCACCCCUCAGUUGCAUGUUUCCUGAAUCAUGCUGGCUGGAACUCAGUUAUGGAGAGUAUAAGCUAUGGGAUUCCCAUGCUCUGUUGGCCUCACAUGGCAGACCAUUUUUACAACAGGACUUGUAUAUGUAAUGGUUGGAAGAUUGGUUUGGAGUUGAAACCUGAUGAUAAUGGGAUUGUCACAAGGCAUCAACUCAAGCUGAAGGUGGAAGAAUUGCUUUCUAAUACUGGUAUAAGGUCUAAUGCAUUGAAACUGAAAAGUUUGGCUCAAAAGAGUAUAAGUAAAGGAGGAUCUUCCUCCAAGAAUUUGGAGUACUUUGUUGCUCAGCUCAAGCAGCUCAAUCUUUGAAGAAUGUUUAAUUUACUGAUACAUUCUCAGGUUUAUAGCUCAGGUGAUACGUGACCUUAGUCAAAAUAAUUGAUCAUAACUAAUGUUUGGAUAGUGAGAAAAUAGAAGAGAAACUAAGAGAAAGAGAUAGAAGAGUUGCAAAGAUGAGGAGAGAAAUAAGAGAGAGAAAAGACUAGGGAGAUUAAGAAAUAUAAAUUGUAAUGUUAUUCAUUGCAUAAUGAUCUUUACUACUAGUUACAACUA